UACUCAAAGGGAUCUUUUAACUGAGAAAAGGCCAACCCCUCUUGGGGUUAGUUAGCCAAGAUGUGUGAGUCUUCUGGAGGUUUUACUUACACCGAAACUUCGAUAUUAUUUUUCCAUGCCAAGGUUCCUUGUGGUUCAAAGUCCGCAAUGGCAACUCUCAAGGAUCAACUGAUUGAGAAUCUUUAUAAGGAAGAACUUACCCCCGAGAAUAAAAUUACAGUUGUUGGGGUUGGUGCUGUUGGCAUGGCCUGUGCCAUCAGUAUCUUAAUGAAGGACCUGGCAGAUGAACUUGCUCUGGUAGACGUCAUGGAGGACAAACUGAAGGGAGAGAUGAUGGACCUCCAACAUGGCAGCCUUUUCCUGAAAACACCAAAAAUUGUCUCGGGGAAAGACUAUAGUGUGACUGCAAACUCCAAGCUGGUUAUCAUCACAGCUGGGGCACGUCAGCAAGAAGGAGAGAGCCGUCUUAAUUUGGUUCAGCGUAACGUGAACAUCUUCAAAUUCAUCAUUCCUAAUGUUGUAAAAUAUAGCCCUAACUGCAAACUACUUGUUGUUUCCAAUCCAGUGGAUAUCUUGACCUAUGUGGCUUGGAAGAUAAGUGGCUUUCCCAAAAACCGUGUUAUUGGAAGUGGUUGUAAUCUGGAUUCAGCCCGAUUCCGUUACCUAAUGGGGGAAAGAUUGGGAGUACACCCAGUAAGCUGUCAUGGCUGGGUGCUUGGAGAGCAUGGUGACUCUAGUGUGCCUGUUUGGAGUGGCGUGAAUGUUGCUGGCGUCUCCCUGAAGAAUCUGCACCCCGAGUUAGGCACUGAUUCAGAUAAGGAGCAAUGGAAAGAGGUUCACAAACAAGUGGUCGACAGUGCUUAUGAGGUGAUCAAGCUGAAAGGAUAUACAUCUUGGGCCAUUGGACUGUCUGUGGCAGAUUUGGCAGAAAGUAUAAUGAAGAAUCUUAGGCGGGUACAUCCAAUUUCCACCAUGAUUAAGGGCCUCUAUGGAAUAAAAGAUGAUGUCUUCCUUAGUGUGCCCUGCAUCUUGGGGCAGAAUGGAAUCUCAGAUGUUGUGAAGGUGACCCUGAGUGCUGAGGAGGAGGCUCGUUUGAAGAAGAGUGCAGAAACACUCUGGGGGAUCCAGAAAGAGCUGCAGUUUUAAAUUCUCCUAAUUUUGUACCACUUAACUGUUUAGGCUAUGAUAGGAUUUUAGUUGGAGUUGUGCAUUUUGUCCUUUUUAAAAAUCUCAUCUGUGACUGAAACAGUACUAUUAUGACAGCCUAAUAAAUAAAGCUGUUUCCUGGAGACUGAGAUAGAAAUGGUUUGUGAAACCCUGUAUCUUUAUCCUAUUGCUGAAAGAACCUUUAAACUGGUUAAUGUAAAACAGCUCCACAGGUGACCUUACUGCCCUUCAAAUGAGAUGUGUUUUUAUUGUCUGUUAAGUAACAUCUGGCUCCUUCAUUCAGUUGGCCUACUCCAACAUUUUUCUCCUGUUGGUCAUAGUCUGGGAUACAUAAAUCCAACAAUGCAUGUUUUAUGCAUAAUUGUUCUGAUGGAUCUUAUUUUGUUUACUGUAUGUGUCAAAGUAGUGUACAUUGCCAUGUAAUGUAACAAAAAAAAAAAAGACCUACAUAAAAACAGUGUAACCAACUAAAACACCAAAUAAACCUUGAACAGUGA